AUGGGCACCACCGACUCUCCACCUGGGAGUUCAGAUUCAACAGACGCUUCCACAAGCACACUACAGCGCGUGAGAUGUAAAGCCCCUACGCCAGAAAUACCUGGGAAGCAGAAAUGGAAGUUUCACCUAAGGCCCGACGACGAUGAUCAACCUCAAGAUUGGUGGUUCUGCUCCACAGCUAUACCCCUCCUCGCUGCUUGCACUGGACCCCUUGCCAAUGUCAUGUCCAUUGCGGCACUGGUCACAUCAUGGAGGAACAACUACAACCCGGCCAAUCCAGGCAUCGAUGCAGAUUCAACGGGCUUUCCAGACCCCAGAUGGUGUCUGGGACUCAAUGGCGCCUCGCUAGCAUGUGGUUUCGCUGGCAACAUCUUUCUUCUUUUCAAUUUCACCAGGCGCAUACGCUAUAUAGUAGCUUUGCCCGUCACUAUUAUUCUUUGGUACUUCGCAACAGGAAUUCUCAUCGCUAUCACCGCAUCCAUGGAUGAGUACGUGCCUCCCCACCGACCAGACCAGACCUAUAGCCAAGGCUUCUGGCACGCCGUCAUCGCUGCCAUUCUUUACCUCGUCUCAUCGAUGAUCCUGAUGUUGAAUAUGUUGGGGUACUUUCUUGGCCAUUAUCCUCAGCAUUUUGAACUGUCCGAUGAUCAGCGAAAUUUGAUACUUCAAACUAUGAUGUUCUUCUGUUGGCUUGCCGGAGGCGCUGCCGUGUUCGCCAAAGUGGAGGGUUGGUCUUUUGUGGACUCGCUUUAUUUCUGUGACGUUACGGUACUGACAGUAGGAUUUGGUGACUUCUACCCUACAAACGACGUCGGAAGAGGCCUAGUUUUCCCGUAUUCGGUUGGCGGUAUCAUCAUCCUGGGUUUGAUGGUAUCCAGUAUCCGAGGGUUCGCCCAAGAACUCGGAUCGACUCAUGUCGUUAAGUCGCAUGUCGAGAAGCAGAGAACGCAUACACUACGACGGACUGCAACUACGGACUUCGAAUAUGAGAAACUGAAGGCACAUGCGUUGGCCAAACUUCAUCACAAAAAGCCAGCCCCAAUUUCCGAGCCAUUUAACCUUACACAGCGUACGGUCAACUUCGAUGUGGAAAAGGCAAUCACCCCAGCCCCUCGCGAAUCCCACCAAAAGAAAUCAAAGGUUGGUCCCGUGACUGCCGGCUUAAGGGUGCUAAGACGAGUUGGUUCGAGGCAACCAAAAAUCCUGUUGAUGAGGCAAGAAAAGGAUCGGUUCGACGCAAUGAGGAAAAUUCAGUAUGAUACUCACAAGUUCAAGCGGUAUUCUGCCUUGACAAUGUCCUUCAUAGCAUUCGGACUUCUCUGGUGCGUAGGCGCUGUCGGCUUCUGGAGAGCGGAAUCGAAGUCCCAAGGUCUGAGCUAUUUUCAGGCUCUUUACUUCUGUUAUGUCUCCCUUCUCACCAUCGGCUACGGAGACCUGAGUCCCAAAAGCAACGCCGGAAAACCUUUGUUUAUCGUCUGGUCCCUUAUCGCCGUCCCAACCAUGACAAUCCUCAUUUCCGACAUGGGCGACACAGUCAUCGCUAGUUUUAAGCGCGGCACCUUCAAGCUGGCCGAUUGGACCGUUUUGCCGAAGGCAGGCUUAUGGCGUGAGUUGCUCGAGAAGUAUCCAUGGCUGCUGCUGUGGCUGCAGAAAAAGUCGCAGAAAGCUGCAGAGAAGCGACGCCUGGCUGCAGGUAUGCCCGUUGGGCAAGAGGAGGAUGAGAUGGACCCAGCACCUACAAUGGAGCAAGUCAGCGAGUUAGACAAUCUCGAUGAUCAAGCUCUAGCCGGGAAACUUGCGAUAGCAAUACGGCAUACAGCGAAUCACCUCAAAGACGACCCGCCUCGCAGGUAUUGCUACGAGGAAUGGGCCGAGUAUACGCGGCUCAUACGCUUCUCCAGACUGUCGAAAGAAGAGAUUGAGCUGGCAGAAGAGGAACAAGGCAUUGUGGGAUGGGAUUGGAUUGGGGAGGAUAGCCCAAUGUUGGCAGAUUCGAGCGAAAGUGAGUGGGUGCUUGAUCGACUUUGUGAGAGUUUGAAUCGAUAUAUGCGGAGACAAGGGAGGCGUGUCUUGGCUAAGGACAGGUCGAAGGAUGUAUGA